UGGACAAUGAGAGAGGUGUGAGGCAAGACAGACAGUGAACAGUGAACAGAGCAGUUCCAGUCACACUGCUGGUCUGACCACCAGCACUGCUCUCUCUGUGGUACUGCCCCUGCAAGGACUCACAGUAGCAGUGCCAACCCACAGUAACAGUGCCAGGCUAAAGUACUAAAGACUUCCAACAGUGCCACAUGUACCAACAGUGAAAAACUACGUCACCAUCAACAGUGUAGCUAUAUCUAACGUUCCUUCCAUCACCACCACAGUAGGCCUACUAGUAUUUAGUAAAUGCUGAAUAAUUUUGAACAAACAUAAGCAUUAAUUAACAGACUGUACAACAGGAAACCAUUUAACGGAAACGGGAAUAAUCACAGAGCUUCAAGUUGCGGAAACAUCCUGGCGCAUCAAGGAACAGCAACAGGACAACAAGGAACUUCAAUUAGCCGCAGAAACCAUCCAAGAAGCAACAACAGAAGCUUAAAGAAGCAUCAAGGAACAUCGAAGUACCCCACGAAGUAGAGAAUGGCGCCAGCCAGCCGCCGAAGAACGACCUCCGAACUGAGGACCUCAAAACCCAGGACCUCCAAAUCCAGGACCUUCGAAUCCAGGACCUGGCUUCUCGCUCUGGUCUCUUUAACAAUCAUGGCUGGAUGUGUAUCACCUGAGACACAAGGGUCCUUAGACACUCCGUUCAUCUACCAGGAACGGAGCGCGAGACGGCGUCCACCUCUCUCAGACGUCCUCCUGCCCCAGGAACGCCCACAGCAGGAAGGGCAUCCACUGCAAGAGGGACGUCUUCAGCAAGAGGGGCAACCACAGCAGAAAGGGCGUCCAAAACAGGAUGGACGUCCUCAGGUCCAGGUGCGUCCACAGGUUCAGGGACAUCUACAACAACAAGGACGUCUACAGAAGCAGGGACCUCUACAGCAACAGCAGGAACGGCCGCAGCAGGAGGGGCAUCUACAGCAGCAGGGAAGCAGACAGAGCCAGGGACUCCCACAGCAGAAGGGAUGCAGACAGGUACAAGGACUUCCACAGCAGAAGGGACGCAGACAGAACCAGGAACGCCCACAGCAGCAAGGACGAAUGCAGAUCCAGGGACGUCCAGAACAGAAUGGAAGCAGACAGAGCCAGGGACUCCCACAGCAGAAGGGAAGCAAACAAAGUCAGGGACUCCCACAGCAGAAGGGACGCAGACAGAUCCAGGGACUCCCACAGCAGCAAGGACGAAGGCAGAUCCAGGGACGUCCAGAACAGAAUGGAAGCCGACAGAGCCAGGUACUCCCACAGCAGAAGGAACCCUUGGAGGCAGAGGCUUCCUCUGCGUCCCUUGGUUCUCUGCAAGUAUCUGUCGAAGAAAAAAAGAGGCCUCCAGUGAUUCCCAGCUCCAGCAGUGUUCUCCAAGGCUCUGGGGAGGAGAACAAGCAACCUCCAGUGACCUCCGCCUCCAGCGGUGUUCUCCAAGCACCUAGCGAGGAGAACAAGAAACCUCAAGUGACCUCCACCUCCAGCGUUGUUCUCCAAGCAUCAAGAACACGCAAGAACGCUGUCAAAACAACGCUGGAAAUCGUUCAACCGGCGACGCCGACAGCGCCGCUGGGAAGGCCGGCUAGCGGCGGGACUAAAGACAGCAGAGAGACAAAGGAAUUCCCAUCGCUCCUGGAAGAGCCUUUCCUGCCCUCGAAACUGCCGCCAGUCAAGCAGGUCUCUCCUUUCGAGGUGCCAAAAAUCGGCAAGGUGGAGCCUUUUAAGUUGCUGGAGGUGGGUCCAGACUUGGACGACACCCACCUGGGGAAGCCUCCGGGGACUAACAACCUUUCUGGGGAUUUUGAGGGGUUCAUUCCCCUCCUUCCUCCCUCGGGAGGGACAGAGCCAGAUGGCUCCCUCCCCAGGCUAAUUCCUAUCGGUGAAAUCCCUGAACGCAAGGUUCCCCCUGCGUUCUCAGGUCACAAAUCUCCUCAGUUCUCCGGUAAAUCCCCCGGUCCAGCCUUCCAAAGUAAUCCUGCUGUCAGCAAGGCAACUGGCCAACCAGGGAAGCCUCAAAAGGAUGAAUCCUUAAGUCCUCUAAGUCCUAACGUCCCCAAUAGACAAAUCCCCUCGAAUGUAACUCCUGUACGAUCCCCAGCGCACCACCCCCCAGGCCCAACUGGUAAAACCCCCCACCAAAGUCAACCUAUUAACCUUUCUACACGGAAACCCCAGCCCCCAGUCUCCCCUAGCCCUCAUACAGGGUUUAAAUCCCACCCGAGGGAAACCCAGGCUACACCACUAGGUAAAUCCUCUUUUUCCAGCACUUCGAUCAAGUCUCCUCCUCCAGCACCUCACCCAUCAGCCUCUACCUCAUCCCUAGGAGACAAAGCUCCCCUAGGAGGCCCUCUCCAGCCUCCAGGACAUCUAGGAAGCUCGUCCCUAGCCUCAAGACUCCCAGCAGCACCUCUCAACACCAAACACAGCUUCCCAGAUCUGUCAGAUGAGGGAACUGUCACCCCCACACUGAAGGUCGCACCGCCGCUUGAUUUGCCAAUAUACAACCUGGGACCUCAAGUCCUACCCCAGCAGGAAGACCUAACUGGUCUGGGGGGGUCCUCACCCCUGGUCACCCCCUUCAACCCCUUCUCCACCCUGGUCUUACCAGGAUCUGGGACCGGACUAGGUGGCAGACAGACCUAUUACCACCUACCACUGCAAAUCCCCAUUCUGAACCUACCACACCAAGCUGGUGGAACCAUAGGCUUCUAGUGUCAUGGUAGAGCUUCCUGACACCUACUGCCCUGUGCACCUAGUAGUAAAUAGGUACCUGGGUAGUACUUCCCUUACACCUACUGCCCUGUGCACCUGGUAGUAAACAGGUACCUGGGUAUUAGUCCCCUUAUACUUACUGCCCUGUAAACCUACUGCUACUACAACAACUACUACUAUAACUACCACUGCUACUACUACCACUACUAUGCUACUACUUUUUUCAUUUCUUUUCAUUACGUUGGUUGGUUAAUGGGAGUUUCAAGUCUAUCUACCACACGAGGGUCAUUAAGGCUGCAUGUCACCUGUUCACCACCAGUCAAGAAUACUUUAACACAUAAAAUACUGAUUAACGCAAACUAUCAGUGUAUAUACACUGAGAAACAUACACACCUCUCAGUGUAUAUAAUUUGCUCCUCCGGAUAAUUUGUUCCCUUGGAUAAUUAGUAGUGAGUUAUCUGCUAAAACAUCAUAUAAUUGUAGUAUCUCUCAAUAAAGUUAGUAUUUGUUU